CUUCAAAAUGAAGUGUUCAGACUUUCAAGAGCAAACAGAGUGCUGAACGAACCAGCAUUCACUUCCACUGCUACUAAAGAGUGUGAACUGGACACUGCAAAGGCUCGAACCUGCAUCCUUGAGAGCAGUGUCAAACUUGCUAAACAAAACGAACUGGAGAAGGCUCAGACCAUUGAAUGCUCGAGAACCGAAUUAUUCUCUACUCAGAAAGUUCUUGCGGAGCGGAACCAGGAAAUCGUGCUACUAAAAAAUGAAGCUGAUCGACUGAUGAACGAACAUUCUAGCAUGGAAAGCAAGCUGAAGGCACAUUGUGCUGAGUUGAACCCAACUGCAGAAGUCAUUCGAAAACUGAACAAGGGAAAAGUGGAUCUAAAUGAACUUCUCUCCUUGGGAAAACAACAUGGUGAUCUUACUGGAAUAGGAUACACGAGAAAGGAGGAUCAUCCAGAAUCCUCAACCGGGACUUCGAGUACACAAAAUGCUGGCCUUGGAUUUGGGGACAAACUUGGAAUUGGAGGUGUGAACCUGCAUGGGAGACAUUCCAGAAACAUGUUUGACAGGUUU